CAAAUUGAGCCAGCGCCAAUUGAACCUCUCCUGUCCCUCCCUCGGGCUUCCAGACUUCAACCUCGAGUUCGAAGUAGUAAGAUCAAGUCCGGCCUCAGACAAUGGUCCUAACAUGCAAAAGAAGGGCGCCUCGAGACCCCAAUAAGUUCCCUACUGCCCAACUGUUUCUUCUUGCUAUUGUUCGUCUGGCAGAACCGAUCGCUCUCACUUCCAUCUUCCCUUAUGCUUGGCCACUCGUCAAGAAGUUCGAGGUCGGCGAUGAGGAAGACGCUUCGUUCUAUGCUGGCGUACUCAUCUCGGCAUUCGCCCUGGCCGAGUCCUUAACUGGGAUGUACUGGGGCGGAUUGUCAGAUAGAGUUGGCCGAAAGCCAGUACUGCUUGCUGGGUGCACUGGGACGAUGUUGAGCUUGAUAAUGGUAGGUUUUGCCAUGAAUAUAUGGGUCGCGCUGGCCGGAAGAGCGAUUGGAGGGUUCUUGAAUGGAAAUAUUGGUGUCAUUCAGACAAUGGUAGGAGAGUUAGUUACAAAACCGGAGCAUGAGCCGAAAGCAUACUCAAUCAUGCCAUUUGUCUGGUCGAUUGGCACAAUUAUCGGUCCUGCACUUGGCGGUACAUUAGCAGACCCAGCCAGCUCGUUUCCAAACAUCUUCUCCAAGGAUGGGAUUUUCGGUCGGUUUCCGUACCUCCUUCCAAACCUCGUCUGCGCAGGUCUGCUUGCAUUCAGCAUAGUCAUUGGCUACUUUCUUCUUGAAGAAACACACCCAGAUAUGCAGCCCCGAAUCUCCCUACCUGACUCAACCUACGUGUCCGACCAAACACCUCUCGUCGCCACCGCAGAUGCAAUCAAAAAGCCUCCCGUGGAUCUGCGAGCAGAUGCAUAUGGAACAUUCGACGGCAGUGAUGAUAGUAAAUGGAGACACGCACAUACGAAGAAAGAACCCAAAAUCUUCACAAAGCAAGUUGUUGAACUUAUAAUUGCAAUGGGGAUUUUCACCUACCACUCCAUGACCUAUGAUCAUCUCCUCCCCAUCUUUUUAGAAGACUCGCGUGGAGAGCCUUACGCUACCUUGUUCGCGCACGCCAAGCCUUACCCAAGAUUCAGCCCCUUUUUCUCGCCUGGAGGUCUAGGACUCAGCAUGCAGAAAGUAGGCGUUAUAAUGUCCAUCAACGGCGUUAUUGCGCUCUUCGUUCAAGCAGUAAUCUUCCCCUAUGCGGCCCAGAUAUUUGGCAUUCAUCGGCUGUUCAUAUUGGUGAGCGUAUUGCAUCCAAUUGCCUAUGUCAUCAUGCCAUACCUCGUCUACCUACCACCCUCUUGGCUGAUGUGGGGCAUUUAUGCUUGUCUUACUAUCCGCAAUCUGUUGUCAAUUCUAGCAUACCCAGUUCUUCUGAUAUUGAUCAAGGAAGCGACACCCAGUCCUUCCGUGUUGGGGAAGAUUAACGGUCUGGCAGCUUCUGCCGGUGCGGCAUGUAGGACCAUUGCUCCCCCUAUCGCGGGUUACCUCUACACCUUGGGAUCUAGGAUGGAUUUCACGGGUCUUUCGUGGUAUGGGAGUGCGUUUGUGGCGCUUGUUGGUUCGGUCCAAUGCUUCAGUGUGAAGCGGGCCAGGCGCAUUGAUGAAGAGUCGGACACGGAGUCGUCACGAUCUGUGACGGGGGCAGUAGUGAACGAUCACCCCUUGGUGCAGGAUGAUUCUAGGUGAAAGGUGUACGUUUCAUUCUUUUGUGGUGGCAUGAAUGUUUAAGAUAUAACCGGAAAAGGAUUUGGGCGCCUAAGAGGGAAUUGGGAUGGGAGGGUACUCGACGGUUCUGCUCGCAAUAAAUUUGCAAAUAUAUAUGGUCAUGAGUAUUGGCGUUAAAAGAGGGCUGGGAGGUUGGGAUGGUAUUUGUACAUAAGUAUAGAAAAUUGACAUUGUUAGAAAGAG